CUCGCGUUCGCUUCCAAUCAGCGUCGAGAGAACGGAAGUGCGUGACGUCUCUGUAAGAAAUUCUUUCGAAUUCCGGGAGUAAAGUAAGUGCAGCAUAGCAACAACAACGUAACAGUGUAAGUGAUAGUGACACAAUUGAAGCAACAUCUUCCUUUUCUCGUUUUCCUACAUUUCUCUACGCUUCUCUCACGCGAGGGCACGACGUCGUUGUCUCUUCUCGCGAUUAGAAUUCGCACGAUUCGUGGCAUUCUAAAUUGGAUAAAUCCCGAGUGUAACGGUGCCCUCUCUACGUAUCUAAAUAUGCAAAUUCUGUUGGGACAACGUCAUCGACAUCGACAGUUGCGCAUGCUCGUCGGCUAACGCGAGUCAGACAGAAGAAACGCGAUCAAUCGGCGGCUCGAUCUUCCGACGUUCGCGAUCGAUCGUCGCGGUUCUCGUCUCACGGGCAGAGAUCGUGUGCUCCAGGCGAAUGAAUUGGACUUGGGAAUAGAAAAAACUGGUGGACACGAACGCGCGAUAAUCUUUAAAUAAUUAGUGGCUAAAGUAGUUGUGCGAUUGCUUGCAAAUCGGCGAGUGACGGAAACAGGCUGUAGUAAAACUCUGUUGAUAGAACUCUGAGAGAUUCUCUGCUACAGAUUUUUCCUUCGUACGAAGAGCACUGCAGAUAAGAAACCAAGUUGGCGGUGGUUGGCAUUGAAAACGAGAGUUGUUAGACAGGAUCAUCGAAUAUGACAAAAGUUAGUACAACGUCUGUACCUGGGAAUACCGUAACGCAUUCAACCGCUUCUGAUUCGCCGAUCGACAUCGAAGAUGUAACCGAGAAGAUCGACAACCUUCGAUUUGCGCGCAACCAGUCGAACGAAAUACGCGGUCUCGACGUGCGUCGGACAAAACUUGAAGAACGUGGCUGUCAAACGUCAAAGACCACCACCAACACCUACGAGCUCAACCUUACCGCGCGAGAGCGGAGCAGCAGCCACCGUUUCUCCAGCCAGACGAGACAUUCUCAAUCGACUACGAUAAAACCGCGGAGCAGAUCCUACGUGACAAAGAAUGUAGCGAGAAAUUGAACGCUUGCCUGGCUCAGUUGGAAAAUCUGGAGAGGACGAAUUAUAAUUACAACAGUGGCAACGAUCGAGAUCGAUGCGCGUCGCAAGUCUGCGGUUCAAGGAAUGAUUUUAAUUUCUCUUCGUCGACGGCAUCCACGAUCGCCGAUGACAUUUUCAGCGACGAGUGUUUAUUAUUGGAGAACGUGAUGUGCGGAGCAUUUCAAGCGGCCCAACCGAUGACGAGGGAAAACUUUGAUUUCUCUUUGAUCGUUUCCAAUCCCGAGAGCCGUGAAUCCAGCCGUGCUCACUCGCCGAUUUUUGUUUAUUCUGCACAGUCUUCGGGAAGGACGCGACAAAAUUCGAAUCACAGCCCAGCCGGCUCUCCUCAGAUCACCGUCGCAUCGACGUACAGGCCGACGCAAACUUUCUCCUACUCGUCCAGUUCGCCUUCCUCCUCGAGUCAAUCGUACAGUGACACACCGAGCCCGAACAGUUCUUUAUCACAUCGGACGACAGCCGGUUCUCGAAUCGACGCGCCAUUCGAGCAAGAUUUUGACAAUUUUCAACCGCGGAGAAACGAUGGUGAAACUGUUUGCAAUACUGCAAUACUAGACGAGAUCGGCAACAACGAGCUGUGGUCGAACGUGAUCGACGAACUAGUGAAUAAUUUAAAUGAAGAAAAAGACAAUGCCACGAGCACGAUCACUUCUCAUACAAACAACUUCAACCAUAGUACCAUAGUUGCAGAAUCUUUGCCUUGGUCGAACGUAUCGUAUUCCACGGUGUCGCCAACUACUAUUCCUCAGAAAGACGCCCGGAAGAUCGAUGCCAAGAAUCCAACGGAAACUAGCUACGCUGUGAACGGUCCUUUACUUUCGAGCUAUCCGUCAGAGGAUGACAAAAGUCACGGUGCUGCAGUCGAAACCACUGCUACCAACGAUCAUGUUCAUCACGAUCGUGACUUCUGCUUAUUGUUUCAUUCGUUGGACGAUACCUCGCCAACUGUGGAUACAAUCUCUAGCAGCUUUGUUAACUUCGACGAUUGGAAAAUACAAGAUUCGCCGAUCAGCCCCAUGGAUGACUUUCAAAUACCAGAAACAGUUAGUUCGUUCAAAGCUUGCUCUCAGCAACGUUGUGAUUCUAGCAAUUCCGAUCGGAGCGCCAUACCACUUUGGCCAUCGUUAAAUUUACCAUUUGUAAAGGCAAGCGAGAAGUUGAAAGAAAAGUUGGAUCCAAAGGAAGUGAAGAAGGCUAUGAUUAGCUUGCUUAAACGACCGGUAGAAGAACUGGCCAAGCAGGACAAGGAUGGAGAUACGAAAUUGAUGUGUCUCGUUGGCAAUCCGAACGAACUCGUUCAAAAGAUGGCGUACUUGGUGCCACUCGUAGAACGUAUGAGCACAAUCACGGGGGCUCUAACGAUCACGAACGAUCGUGGCUUUGACGCGCUUUACUUGACUGCUUUGAAUUGUCCAGGAUUUCCAUUCGUCGCAGGUUAUUUGGCCGCGACUAUGUUGCAGAGAGGAAUCGACAUUAGUCAACGAUUAUAUCACACGCGGGGUGAUACGCUGAUACAUUCGAUCGCGGCACAGGGAGAUUCUCACAAAGAAACAUUGGGCGAACUAUUGGCCUUGAGAACUGUUCAAGGGAAUCGGUUGUUUGACCUCUCGAAACGUAACUAUGAUGAAUCUUAUGUUUGCACGGUAGGUAGAACAGCGCUUCACGUAGCGACCGAAUCACACGUACCAUUUACAAAGGGAACCUCGUCGUUGGGUACAAUAAAACUGUUGUUGAAAUACGGAGCGGACCCUACAAUCAAAGAAACGAAAUGCGGGAACAACGCGUUGCACGUGGCCUUGGUUUCCUUGGAUUGCGAUCCUAUUCUCGUCAAGCUACUACUUGAUACUUGGACAUCCGAUCUGGUGAACGCCGUUAAUUACAACCACGACACAGCGUUGCACCUGGCAACAGGCAAGUCGGCCAACCUUUUCAGCUUGAAAAGGCAGAGAGAAGUAUGCUGGCUGUUGGCUCAAGCCGGAGGCCAUACCGAUUUACUGAAUCAGCAAGGAAAAACACCGUUAGACCUUGCUUCCGCGGACAGGAAGGAAGCGAUCAGAGAGAUUUUGCACAACAGAUCACAAAGCAUCGUCAAAGACAGCAUAGGAUCCAGUGAAUGAACACCAAUCCUCUUUCGCUCGCAAGGUCCAGGCUUGUUUAAUUCUCACAGGUUUCUCACUUUAAUAGCUAAUGACUGUCGUUUCAAUAGCAUCGUCAUUACCAACGUUGACAACUGAACGUGUAAGAUCAGAACGAAAGAUAAAAAGAUCAGAACGAUUGUUCGUCCAUUAAUAUUCAUUAUUAUCUCCCACCUAAUGCGUGAACGUUUGAUCGAUGAAUUCUUAGAAAUAGAAAUCUGUCAUCAAUAGUAGUAUUUCUUGUAAUUAUCUAGAAACACAGAUUUAUCACAAGACUAUUACGCACCUCGAAAUACAAAUUAUAAAUGUCAAGGAAUAAAAUUUACUUUGUGGCACGUUAUGAAUGAAAGGAGUACUGUACAAAUAGGAAAGAAAAAGAUUUUUCAGAGAAAUCCGAGGCUUUUCUACGAAAACUAUUAUGUAAGUUUCAAUGUAAAGACAGUGUGUUAACUUUUCACUCUAUUUGAAUAUAUAUAUAUAUAUAUAUA